CUCUCCUCUCUUUAUCCCCCUCUCCCCGCGGGCGCCGCGCCGUCGAGCGCAAGACACCGCUGGCUCGCCCGUCUCUCCGGUGGUUGGUUGCCCCCCUCUCCUUUCGCCUCGGCCCUUCUUCUAGGCGAUCGAGCCGGCCCCUUCUUCUUGCCGGGUUCCUCGGCGUCGAGUCCAAAGGUGCCGUGUGAAGAAAAAUAUCAGGCAAUCACCUAACGUGGCUGGAGUAUGAUCUGGAUUGGCCUCACUUAUUGCCAAGGAGCCUAAAUAGCUGGUCUAGGAGCACUGCAUAAGCAUUUUGCUGAAGACAAAGUUCUCAAAGGUUUCCAGGCUCAAAGAAAUUUGAUCCUCAUAUAAGCUCCAGAUCAUGGGUUGGUUAAACAAAAUAUUUAAAGGCUCAGUAAACAGAGUUUCAAGGGGUCAUUAUGAUGGCCACUGGCACGAAGGCAACCCAUCUGAGCAUACCAGAGAUGCAUAUAAUGAGAGCGACAGUGAAGAUAUAGCUCGUGCUAUUGCAUUAUCCUUAGCUGAGCAAGAUCCGAAUAAGGGAAAGGCUAUUGAUCCUGAUUAUAGUUUGGAGGAAGAUGAGCAACUUGCACGAGCUCUCCAGGAGAGCCUUAAUACCGAGUCUCCUCCUCGUCAAAAUGCUCCUGUUGAGAAUGUUCCAUCAGAGAGUAUCCCAGCAAGGGAGCCGCAUCAGCCUGUCUUCCCCUCAAGUGGAUUCAGGACUUGUGCUGGAUGCAGAAAGCCAAUUGGUCAUGGGCGUUUUCUUAGUUGUAUGGAUGAAGUUUGGCAUCCUCAGUGCUUCAAAUGUUAUGCUUGCAAUAAGCCCAUAUCAGAGUAUGAGUUUGCCAUGCAUGAAGACCAGCCAUACCACAAAUCCUGCUAUAAAGACUUUUUUCAUCCAAAGUGUGAUGUCUGCAAGAACUUUAUUCCGACAAAUAAGAAUGGCCUGAUCGAAUACCGAGCACAUCCUUUUUGGAUGCAAAAGUACUGCCCUUCCCAUGAAGACGAUGGCACUCCUAGGUGUUGCAGCUGUGAAAGAAUGGAGCCAACGGACAUCAAAUAUAUUACAUUAGAUGAUGGGAGGAAACUGUGCUUGGAAUGUCUCACUUCUGCAACAAUGGACUCUCCCGAAUGCCAACACCUUUACAUGGAUAUUCAGGAAUUUUUUGAAGGUUUGAAUAUGAAAGUAGAACAGCAAGUUCCAUUACUUUUGGUUGAGCGUCAGGCUCUGAAUGAAGCGUUGGAAGCUGAGAAAAGUGGACAUCACCUUCCUGAAACCAGGGGUCUAUGCCUUUCUGAAGAACAAAUUGUCAAAACUAUCUUAAGAAGACCAACAAUUGGACCAGGAAACAGAAUUAUGGAUAUGAUUACAGGACCAUACAAGCUGGUCCGACGGUGUGAAGUGACUGCCAUCCUAAUACUGUAUGGUCUACCAAGAUUGCAAACUGGCUCCAUUCUUGCUCACGAGAUGAUGCACGCAUAUCUUCGCCUUAAAGGAUACCGAUCCCUUAGCCCUCAGGUUGAAGAAGGUAUCUGUCAAGUCCUAUCCCACAUGUGGCUCGAGUCUGAAAUCAUCGCGGGUGCUAGUGGCAACACCGCUUCCACCUCAGCAUCAUCAUCGUCUUCGUCGGCAGCUCCUACCACUUCGAAGAAGGGAGCAAAGACAGAAUUUGAGAAGAAACUCGGGGCGUUCAUCAAGAAUCAGAUCGAAACAGAUUCGUCCGUGGAAUAUGGGGAUGGUUUUCGGGCAGGCAUUCAGGCGGUUGAACAAUAUGGCUUGAGAAGUACCCUUGAUCAUAUGAAGCUAACAGGGUCCUUUCCUUAUUGAUUAUUAUUCAAGUAAAGAGAAGAACAUUACUCUGAUUUGUGAAGAUGGCUGCAUAUUUGGAGGUUAUUUGGUGGAAUUAGACGCAUCAUACAUAUACAACAGGAUAAGAUUAGUUUACAGUAAAGUAAUAAGAAGAGAAAGAAAGAUUAUUCAUACAUAGAUAUUUGCAAAUUUUCCUGUUGUCUGUGAAAUAAUACAUGUAAGUCUUAAAGAUAUAGAGGUACUAUAGUUGUUUCUCACAUUGCCAGCAUACAGGGCAAACUUUGGUGAACAUAUCUUACAUACAUGAGUACAACAUUUGGAUAAAUUGUGGGGAUAAA